GCACGCACGAGAGACGCUGGACACGCUCGCGGCCUCGCGCUCGCGCUCGCUCUCUCGGACUCUCUCCCUCCCGCGGAAUUGAUAAACAUGGCUGUCGUGCUUUGUGAUGAUUAUCAGCGCGAGUUUGUGCGGCCGAGUGUCGCGCCGAGUGACCGCGAGUAAUAUGGAUGAGGGACGCCAGUCCCGGAGACCCAGGCUGUCGUCUGGGUGAGCAAUGAAUGUACUUCGUAUUUUGACACCGUGUGUGUUACAACGCAGACGCAUAAGGGGUAUAGAUAAUACUGAUAAAAGGGACUCCUGGUUCAUGAGAAGACAGCUUGGAGAUGCCUCUCACAUGACACAUAGAAUGGGUGCUUCUGCAUCAUCAAGCAUCACCAGUGUAGGUGGAGAUUCGGUCCAAGCAGCCAGACUCUCGGCGUCAAGUAGUCCGGAACAACAUGGCAUUGCAGUUAGUUGUUUAUUCAUGUAUAGAGAGAAAAAGAAGAAGAUGACAGGAUUUGCGACGCUGCGCAAGAAAUUUAUUAGGAGACGUCGCUCCUCUAAAGCGUGUGAUCAUGGUAGAAUUAUUAGAGACCUGGUGUCCACAUGGAGUCACUUAGAAGCGACCGCUUUGCUUGAAGAGUAUGAGGCGUUAGCUGCGUUGAAAGAUCUUCAUGUUCAAGCCGAAUUAGCCAGACCGCCAGCUGCUACUUUUAAGCAAGAUCUGUCGAUGUUAUAUGAUUACAAACAUUGCUCCGAUGUGGAUCUUGUAUAUAGAGGAGCGUGUUUUCCCGUUCAUAGAGCCGUGCUUUCCGCCAGAUGCCCAUACUUUAGGGAUUUGUUGGCUGGUUGUCCUGGAUAUGGUGCUAGAAUAUGUUUGGAGCUACGAACUCCGCAUCUCGAGGUGCAGAUGUUCUCAGCGUUACUACGAUAUCUUUACACUGGUGAUAUUUGUCCGCACGAUGCGACUUUGGAAGCGAACCUACUCCGGCGACUCGGAGAAGAGUUCGGAACUCCAAAUCCACUGGAGCAUGAUCUCAGAUAUUUGCUGGAUACCGGUGAUUAUGCGGACGCCGCUCUCGUAUUCACAUCGGACAGUGAUUAUCAAAGACCGGAUAGUGGAAGUUCGGAGUACGGAUUUCGCCCCAAAUUAGAGCUGCCAUGUCACAAAGCGAUACUUUCCGCAAGAUCUCCUUUCUUCAGAAAUUUAAUACAAAGACGGACUAGAUCGGGCGAGGAUCAUACAGAAAGGGCGCUUCACAUACCUACUAGAAUAGUGUUGGACGAAAGCGUGAUACCUAAACGAUAUGCCAGAGUAUUGCUACAUGCUGUGUAUCUAGAUACCGUUGAUUUGUCAUUGAUACUGAGAGGAAGCGGUUGUGGAAAUAGUGCUGGUAGUUUGGGAGAGGUUCAAGCUCUGACACAUACGGGCAGAAUGCGACCAAGCCCAUUAGAGGAAGCGAUGGAAUUGUAUCAGAUUGGACGGUUUCUCGAGCUUGAUAUAUUAUCGCAAGGCUGCGAGGAUCUUAUUUUAGAGUAUCUCACCUUGGAAUCACUACCGACUGUUCUCAAGUGGGGCAGUCAACCUCAUGGAUCAGCAUGGGUGCACAGACAAGCGUUGCAUUACUUAAGGGAGGAAUUUCAGCCAAUUGCUUCGUCCUCGAUUCUUCAUCAGUUAGAUCACGCCCACUUAGCGAAUGUUUUACAGAGCCAUUUUUUACAAGCGAGCGAACUUGAAGUACUGCAGGCAGUGCUCAAGUGGGGCGAACACGAAUUAGUACGUCGAAUGGAGGAUCGGGAACCUAAUUUGCUUAGCCAUACUGUGCACUCGGUGACGAGAAAGGGUAUUAAGAAACGAGAUCUCAGCGACAUCGAAUUGCGGGAAAUACUAAGUGAACUUUUGCCGCUUGUCAGAAUAGAUCAUAUAUUGCCGCCGAAUAGCGAAGCAUUAGCACAGGCUAUUAGGAGAGGACUGGUUUCAACCCCACCAAGUCACAUGAUAGGAGACGAAAGAGAUAAUUUGAGGGUGAAUGCUUGGAUAAGAGGUGGAAAGAAAAAUGGAUUUUUUGUGCGACCAAGGCUAUUCAUGCCGUAUUACGAAGAAAUUAAGUCUUUGGUGGAAGAACAAAUGAUUCAGGAAGCUGACCUAGUGAGAUUACGAAGACCGCGAUACGUAGCGGAUAUACCAGAUGCGCUGUACAUGGUUGAGGAGAAACCGAGAGCUAUGGGUACCGCUGGUGUUGAUGUUCUUGCAGCUGCAUUUCCAGUACCAGACUCUGCAACAAUGGCCGCAAUGCUGAAACGAGAGCAGAAAUUGAAACAAUCGCCCAGUUGUCAACGAGCCAUAAGUUUGCCGCUUUCUUCGCGACACGAAAUUAAUCGGCAAGUGCGACUGCGCGUUGUCAGGGAGUUUAACUUACCCGAUACUGUGGCCGAUCUUCUCGAAAACACAGCGUCUUACAGUAUGAAAGAGCAAAACGAGCAGAGGAUGACAGAUAUAGAGGACAUUGACUCGCCGGGCAUGGGUAUUCGUGUGAGAACUACCGCCCCGGUGUGUUACGGGAGGAACAUGACAUUUCCUCGGCCGACUUCGUCUUACGCACAUAGGCACGAACUUCCAGCUAUAGUGACCGAGGGAGAGAGCUGCAGACUUCUUGCCGAGCAGCAAGAGGGUAAUUCCUGCAGCGACGGCCAGCUGUCGGGCGUGAUGCCGGACGUAGCGAUGGCGACGGCCUCCUUCGGCGCUCUGCAUUUGAUCGAGGAGCAGGAAUUGGAAUUGGAUCUCGGUGACGGGGCGUCGCACCUCCUGCCGCACGUCUCCCCGUCCGGCGGGGGCAGCAUCGAGCCGGCCGGCCACCGGUCGUCGCUUCCUCAUCAGCAUCAAAGGCACUUCUCCGGCCCGCCGCCCCCACCUUACGUGUAUCAUCGUGCUGGCACUGCCUUACCGAGGUUUAUUUGAAAUUUAUAUAUGAUAUGCGGAUGGAGCGAACAACGUGGCAACUACUGACGAUCCCCCUUUUGCGCCCCCCCCCCCCCUAUCUCUACUUCUCUUUCUCUCACUCUCUCUCUUUAUUCCCCUUUCGCCCCCUUAUUAUUACAUAGCCUGCUCCUCUCUUUCUCUCUAUCAUAGCGUGUAUCGAUCAAACCUUGUUAUUGCGGGUACAAAUUUAUUACAAGGAUAAUUGUAUGUACAUUUUUAUUUAAAGCAAGCUUGAAAAAAAAAGGGUAGAAAGUACUUGGUUUAAGAGUAUCCGUAAUCUUACCGGAUCUGGAAGUUACACCCUGUGAGCACACAAAAAGAACCUUGAUGCUUAUCGAGUACGACGUGAACGUAUACAGAGUAUACGGAGGUUUCACGCUCCGUACAAUCUAUAUAUAUAUAAAUAUAAAUAUAUAUAUAUAAAUAAAAAUAAAAAGUAUAAAUAUAUAUAUAUUAUAUAUAUAAAUGUAACGAUUAAGUGCAAUCGUGUAUGAGAAGAAAAUUGCGAUUGUGAUUUAUACAUAUAAAAAUGUAAUCGUGAUAUGUGCAUGUGGGUGUACUUAUGUGUAUGCGUGCGCGUAUGCGUGUGUAUAUGGGAAAAAAUAACGUGUGUGUUCGCGCGGUUCCGGCUUCCGAAGUGUCAAGACUGUUAGCAGGAAAGUCUCCGGAAGGAAAGAGAACAAAAGAGAAACGAACGAGGAACAAUGUACGGGAUAUUGAAUUAAAGAAAAAAAAAUCGCGCCUUGUCACAUCACCAUCCUUAUGCUCCAUAUAAAUAUAAUUAUUACAGGAAAGUGAAAGUGCCGCGUAUUCCCGCGUACAUUUGUUGUUUCUUCUCUGUGGAAAAGCGAGAAAGCGUAGCGGCGACGGCGACGACGACUAAGUACGGCGCGGGCGGCGGCGGGCGGCAUGGCCGGGCAACGGCGGCUACUCACGCGAGCAGCGGAGCUGCGAAGCGCUUGAUGACAUUUUGCCAUGCUAAACUUUUUAAUUUUUCCUCUCUUCUAGGGCAGUUUCGAUGUAUGACGGGCUAUAGUAAGACUGUAAGUACACAAGAGGAAUUCAAUCGAUAAAACAUAUAUCGCGCGCUUAGAGAUGACGUCCGGGGCGCCUCGGGUCGUAAAAAGCGUGCGUGACGUUCAUGAUAUUUAAUGGGUUAAUUAAUUAUCGCUAAGUGCCUGGGUGCAUGAGAAUUUUCUAAGAAAAAGUUUUCCAUGAAUUUAAAUGUAUACGCUUCCGCCGGCCUUGCCCCGCCGCGGCUCUGUAAUAUAUCCACAAACAGGGUACGUACUAUAUACAGGGUGACCCAGAAGUCGCGUAUCAUCUUCGAACGACAGCCGAUGAAGGUACGAAAAAAAAGAAAAACCACGGCGCUCCAAUUCCGGGAUAUUAUUUUUUAAUUAUAUGCCCGAUCGAAUCGCGCGUAUAAGUAAUUCUUGGAAAAGUUCGAGAGAUACCUAAAUGUAUAACGAAAUAUUAUUCGUUGCGUAAUCUCUCAAGAAGAAUUUAAUUUAAACGGAAAGCUAAACCUCUUCCGAUUUAGGGAGAUGAAUUACCGAAACGCUAAUAACAGAAAAAAUAAAAACUAGAGAAUGGCGCAGUUAAUUGAAUUGUCACUAAUUCUUUUUUUUAGAUAAACGAUCGACCACACGGCUCGGUUAAUGAUGAAUUUGCAACGAAGUUUGUUUCUGGGUUACCGUGGCGUAUUUCGUUCCGCAAAAGUCGUAAAAUGUCAGGCUGUAUUUCAAUACUUCCGUGCGAGUGGUAAACGGUGGAAAACUAGUCACUUUCACUUUCGUUGAAGCAACAACGAUCAUCAGGCGGGAAUUAAUCGCUCUAAGCAGAUUAAUAUCGACCGAUAGUAAUUAUUCCUUAUUUAAUAUGGCUCCUCGGUGUCGACAUGGGAUGUAAUUAUCAUUAAGAUACUCGAUUAUAGAGUUCGUAUAUAUAUAUAUCAAAGAAUUCCUUUACCGUCCUUACGUUAAGUAUCUGAAAUUAUUAUUUCCUGCGUAUACAUAUAUAUAUACAUAUAUGCAAACCCCGCGCCCGUAAAUUAACUUUAUCAAUUGUAAUUACAUGCGUUUCGUUAUAUAUGCUUCGAAGAAGCAUUUCGUCCUUAGGCAGAAAUGAAAUUCUCGGCGUUGUUAUCGCCGCUGGUAUAUAAAUUGUGAUAUUAUUCGUGAAAGUCAUUGAGUUCGAUCAUUGGUAGUUUAUAAAUCAAUUUCACUUGUGCAGACCUGGAUUUAGAAGGAUAUACGAUUACUGUAAAAUAUCGUUAACUGUAACGCGAUUCUCUCACGUAUAAGCUAUAAAUACCGAUCGUCUGCUUUGUAAAGCGUAUCGCUCGCGUUUCACUAUCUUGCGAAUCGUAAAAUUAAUUGAAUCUGUAUAUCUGAAACUGAUGUCAGAUCGUGAAUCCACGACGGGUGUCAAGUUAAUAUCAAGAGCGGAACGCGGCGGGUUCGUGAAUUCACGAUCGAUUGGCUCGAAGAGAGUUAUAUGAUUUAAAUAAAGCAACUAGACCAACUUUUAAGACCAGAAUAAAAGAAUAGUUAUCACGUAGAUAGAUUAAUAUUGUAUAGACUGAGGUAUAUUCGCGAGAGUAGUAUUUUGACAUUCGUAUAGUUCGUGCGUCGUAAAAAGAAAAGGAAAAAAGAAAAAAAAACAAUCUAGGUUCUUCCGUUCGCGACAUUCACGCGGUUUUCCCUUCUUUUCCUUUUCCUCCGAAAUUGUUGAUUUUUUGUAAGCCUGUCACGAGAGGUGUUGAUUACGUUUCGCUGAAAAAUAAAAUUUUCGGACAGUU